CCAUCACAUCAAAACUUUCCUACAUAUAUAAACUUCCAACUUUUUUCUUCAAACUUCUAAUUUUAGUUAAACUUCUAAUUUUAGUCAAACUUCCAAUUUUAACGUGGAACUAAACACAGUCUAAGAGUGGGAGAGAAAGUUCGCCCCUUGGCGGGUUCAUAAAGGAUAUCUAUUUAGUCAAGCACAUCCAAUUGUCACGAGGUUCCAGGGAGUCAUCAGAAACCAGCAGGGAGGGACGGAGGGUACUUGUUCAUUCCCCUGAUCACCUCCUCCGGAAUGAACGUUGAACAGUGCUCCUGUGGCAGAUGGUUAUUGAUUUGGAUACUGUUUGAUAUGGCAAGCUAUUCAUUUGAGGUUGAAAGUCGUAGAAAUUUUAAAAUAAAAUUGGAUAAAACUGAAUAAGAAUUAAAAUUUUAACAGUAGUAACCAAUUAUCAGUUCCCCGUCAUUAUAUUGUAAAAAGGCCCAGGGAACACUUUUCAGGUGGAAAGUUGAACCCUAGAAGGAAGUUGCAUUUCAGUAUGGUUAAUAUCAAACGGAUUGUGUGAGAUUAAAAGUAUAAAUUAAUAUUGUGUGAGAAAGUUGCAUUUCAGUAGCAUUUAGGCAAUUAGGGCCUCCCCAAUAGAGAAGAAAAGGGGAUAAAUUUCUUAUAUAUAUGCUGUUUAAAUUUUAAAUAUUCCCUGAUUUGACACCCUUGCUUACACUUUCGAUUUCGGCGGAAAUUUCGGUCAUUUUGGUAGGACCGAAAUUUUUUGAAAUUUGACUGAAUUUGAAUAAACUUUGACCAACUUCAACAAAAAAUUGAGAAACCCAAACAUUUCGGUCGAUAUAUUGAUUUGCCGGUGGGGGUCUGAAAUUACCGAAAUUUCGGAAAAUUGCAAUCACUGUUUGACACUCACUAUAUAUCGCACUGAUAAUAUUGGAUCAUGCAUGUGAGUUCUUAUUAGCACAUAAGGAAUCUACCCUUAGAAAUGAUAUGGAAAUAAUGAAGUCUAGGAUCACAAGCUAACUACAAAAAAUGUCUGAUAUUACCUGUGCUAAAAGUUAUAUAUAGAAGACUCAACAUAGUAUUCUCAAUCUUUUACAUCUUCAUCAUUUCUCUUUCUUUUUCUUGGUGUGUUAUAUGAUCUAGCCAGUCAAAGGCUAGAUCUAGACAUGCCCAGCGGCCACAAAUGCAGUGGGCCACAUGUGCGAUAGAGAAAGGUCAUGUGAUGUACUCAUAAAAUGUCUCUGCAAACACAUCAUUAAAGCAGCUUGUCAUAUGUGGAACAGAAUCUUCCAUUAUAUUCAAACCUCACAGCCAACACUACAGAACGCAAACAGUUUCUAUCAGAAUUAUAUCUAUGUAUUGUAUAUAUGUGCCCAUCUCCUUAUGGCUUCUUGACUUGUUUAAUGUUUUUAGGUGUCAUUAUUCCUUGUAGGUUUUGGCCCUCAAGCUAUAGCUGAUCAGCUAUAUGGCAACAACUUUUAGAUCACUAGACCAUGUCUGCCUUAAUGCACAACUGAGAGUUUGACUGAGGGAAACUGGUGCUAUAGAAGAAAAAGAAAAAGGAAAGAAGACAGGGACAGAGGACUAGAGGAGAUCAUGAGUACUGCACGGCUGCACUCACAACAGAAUGUCCAUCACCCAGCUUUUACAUCCAGCUAUGUGUUCUCCUCUAAUUAAAGGCCAGAUCGAUGGCAUUCCUCGUGGAGAGGUGCGGCGGCGAGAUGGUGGUGUCCAUGGAGCGUUCGCACGGCCGUUCGACGACUACGGCGGCGGCGGUGACGGCGGCGCCGGCGCCGUUCCUGAGCAAGACGUACCAGCUGGUGGACGACCCGUCGACCGACGACGUGGUGUCGUGGGGGGAGGACGAGGCCACCUUCGUGGUGUGGCGGCCGCCGGAGUUCGCCAGGGACCUCCUCCCAAACUACUUCAAGCACAACAACUUCUCCAGCUUCGUCAGGCAGCUCAACACCUAUGGUUUCAGGAAGAUAGUGGCUGACAGGUGGGAGUUCGCCAACGAGUUCUUCAGGAAGGGCGCCAAGCACCUCCUCUCGGAGAUCCACCGGAGGAAGUCGUCGUCUUGCUCACAGCCACAGCCGCCGCCGCCAUUCCCGAUGCACCAGCAUUACCCCCUCAGCCUCUUCUCGCCGCCGACGACGCCGAGGUCUCCUCCGGUUGGAGCAGCAGCAGCAGCAGCCUACCAUUUCCAGGAAGAGUACUGCUCCUCUCCGGCGGACUACGCCGGCGGCGGAGGCGACUUGCUGGCGGCGCUGUCGGAGGACAACCGGCAGCUGCGGCGGCGCAACUCGCUGCUGCUGUCGGAGCUGGCGCACAUGAGGAAGCUCUACAACGACAUCAUCUACUUCCUGCAGAACCACGUGGAGCCAGUGGCGCCGCCGCCGCUGGCGGCCGCCACCAGCUGCAGGCUGGUGGAGCUCGGCCCGUCGACGACCGAACGCCGCCGUUGCGCCGCCUCGCCGUCCGGUGACAACGACGACGACGCGGCGGUGCGGCUGUUCGGCGUCCGGCUGGACGACGACCAUGGCAAGAAGAGGAGGGUGCAGCUGGUGCAGGAAGACGAAGGAGACGAGCAGGGAAGCGAGGGGUAGCUUAGCUAGCUAGCUAAACUUAGGUCACUGUAGCACACUAGCACGUACUCCUACGUAGCUUGAAUGCUUAAUUGUAGUGUACAUAGUGAGAGGUACGUUUGUACGUACGUACGUAGCUGCAGCUGUAUAACCUGCCCAGGGUAGCUAGAUAGCAGGCAUUUUAUGUGGCUCAGUUAAUUGUUUUUGUUUGAUCUGAUAUGUACGUAGGAAUGCAUGAGAGUGUAGUAGUAGGCCGGUCCUAGUUUGUUUGUUAGUAAUUUUUGUUAUUAAUUAGAGAUAGUCCAUCAGUCCUGAUUAUUGAUCUGCAAGAACUAGCCAGUUGUAACUUGAUUGUUUUUCUCCAGGGAGCAUGAUCGAGUUAAGAUUAUUCGAGGGUGGUAGUCGAUAGCUAGUUAGAGCAAGAAGGUUUUCUUGUCGAACUUUCGUUUUUCUUUUAAGAUUUUUAGCUAGCCAGAGGAAAUUGUGUAAACUAGGAAGAAUGUGAGUCGAUUCUCUUUACAUGCAUCAGUCAAUAUUGUUUUCUUGUUUA